UGGGCCUCCGCUUAGGGUUUCCGCGUCACCUCUCGCGUCACCUCCCUCUCGAGCUCCCUGCUUUGCCGACAGAGGCCGCUCCCAUGGCGGACGACCUCCACUACUCUUCUCGACCCGACAACAAGCGAAAGUUCGACGAUCCGUCCGCCGGCGCGGCCCCCUCGCCCCCCGCGAGGCGGGCAACGGGGUUCUCUGCCCCGAUCGCAUCUUCGUCUCCCGACGGUGGAUCCGGUGGUGCCGCUCCUGGCCAACCGUCCUACAACAGCGUCCCGCCGCCAAUGGACGGGAUCCAGCUCGCGAAGCAGCGGGCCCAGGAGAUCGCCGCCAGGCUCUUCAGCGAUGCCGAGGCCAAGCGCCCUAGGGUUGAGAACGGAGUGGGAGCGGAUGACUCGCGGGACAAGGGGUUUGGAUUUGCUGCAAGUGACCUUGCACAGAAGCCUUUGAGCCAACCAAUACCUUCCCAAAUUGGCAUGAUGUCCCAGUCAGUUCCCGCAUAUGGUUAUCAGGGCUCAAGCAAAAAGAUUGAAAUUCCAAAUGGAAGGGUUGGUGUAAUCAUUGGAAAAAGUGGAGAGACAAUUAAAUAUCUUCAACUUCAAUCAGGAGCAAAGAUACAAGUUACUAGAGAUAUGGAUGCAGAUCCUAAUGCACAGACAAGAUCAGUGGAACUUAUUGGUACUUCCGAACAGAUUAGCAAGGCUGAGCAGUUAAUUAAUGAUGUGCUUUCUGAGGCUGAUGCUGGAGCUUCUGGCAUAAUUGCUGCGCGCAAGUUUGGCAGUGUUCAACCUGGUGCAGAGCAAUUUCAGAUGAAAGUUCCGAACAACAAGGUUGGUCUGGUGAUUGGUAAAGGUGGUGAGACUAUUAAAAAUAUGCAAGCUAGAACUGGUGCACGUGUUCAGGUGAUACCACUGCAUCCGCCUCCUGGUGAUACAUCAACUGAAAGAACAGUGUAUAUAGAUGGCACAAAGGAGCAGAUUGAAGCAGCAAAGCAGUUGGUUAAUGAAGUUAUUAGUGAGAAUCGUGCCAGGAAUCCAGCUAUGGCUGGAGGGUAUCCUCAGCAAGGCUACCAUCAACCUCGUCCGCCCACAAGUUGGGGCCCGCCUGGUGCGCCUCCCAUGCAGCAAUCUGGUUAUGGUUACAUGCCACCUGGAGCUUAUCCUGGGCCACCACCUCAGUAUAAUAUGCCCCAGCCACCUUAUGGUGGUUAUCCUCCACCUGCCUCCACAGGUUUCUCUUCUGGGUGGGACCAAACAUCCAAUCAACCUACUCAGCAAGCUGCAUCAGGAACUGGGUAUGAUUACUACAGUCAACAAUCCCAGCAGCAACAACAGCCUGUUGGAGGAUCUUCUGCACCUGCUGGUAGCGCAAAUUACAACUAUGGACAACCGCUUCCUAAUUACACCAAUCAAGUUUCAUAUAGUGAUGCUGCUUACACUCAGACAUCUGCUGGGCUACAAGGUUAUGGGCAGGAUGGAUAUUCUGGUGGUUAUAAUGCUUUGGCACCUCAACCUGGUUAUUCUCAGCCGGCAACAAAUCCCCAAACCGGGUAUGAUCAACAGGGAUAUGGCUCAACUCCUGGCUAUGGAACAGUAGCCAACCCAUCUCAAGAUGGGUCUGCCUCUGCUUAUGGUGCUCAGAGUGGGUCUACUCAAGCACCUCCAACGCAACAAGCUCCACCAAGUCAGCCUUCUGCUACCCAAGGGUACACAGGUCAACCACCAAGUAAUACCACUGCGAGCUAUCCUACCCAAGGAUCUACACCAUCAGCAUAUGGCAUUCCCCCGACAUCACAGCCAGGUUAUGGGAGUCAGCCCCCUGCUCUGACUGGAUAUGGUCAGGCACCACCACCUAGUUAUGGACAGCCUUCUCCGGUCCAGAAAUCACCAGCUACUCAAUAUGGACAAGGUCAACAAAGUGUGUCCACUCAAGCUGGCUAUAUUCAGACUGCUACUGCACAACCAGGAUAUGGUCAACCACCAUCUCAAUCUGGUUAUGGGCAACAACAGUCCUAUGGGGGUUAUGGUCAACAACAGCAGCAACCAUACAGCGAGUCUUAUGUUGGCAGUGGCUAUUCACAGCCUCCUGCAUACUCUAAUGACAAUGGUGCACAAGGUGCCUAUGAUGGAUCUGCUGCUACACCUGCUGUAUCAAGUGGUGCAACUGUAGCCAAGCCACCUGCAACAUGAUAGUGCCUGAUGUUUGCAAAUUGGAUAGAAGGCGGUGUAACCCGUGUCUUUUAUGUCAGACAAUCUAGCAUCUGCAGCACCGUUUCCCUACACAGCUUUCUGUGGAAAUUUUGGACCAUCGCUUUCUUGGAUUGAUGAAGACAAACAGAAGCCUGCAUCGAUGUGGUUACUUUUCUAGCUAUCUGAAAGAUCUCUUGGAGUGGAAGGUUAAGCAUCGCAGGGCAGUGACUUCUUCAUGUAAGUGGGGUAUUAUAUCAAUCAGUUGGCAUAUUAUCUUCGUGCGAGUUGUACAUGCUGGAGGUGCCAUGCGGACUCACCUGCCAUAUCACGUCUCGAGCACCAUUUAGGUGGCUGGGGAAGUGACGUGUUAUUUUACUGGUGCUUCGAGAGGUUGAUAGAUCAGCUAUUUGCUCGUGUAAUGGAUCUUUUAUGCCCUUUGCUCGGAAGCAAAGUCUGAUUGGUUGUUUUGCGGGUAUUUGAUCUUACAGCUGUGUAUGCUUUUCUAUGGCCCUUUUUUUGCCAUUUUAGCUGUCAAUAUUGGAAAUUUUUUUUGGGUC